UGGGUCCACUCCGUCUCCGCGACAUCAAACGCUCCCCUUCGAUCAGCUUCGUUCCAAAACCGAGAGAGAGAGAGAGAGAGAGAGAAAUGUCGUCGGCGGCGGUGCCGUUUUGGAGAGCAGCGGGGAUGACGUACAUAUCGUACUCGAACAUAUGCGCGAAUAUGGUGAGGAAUUGCCUCAAGGAGCCUUUCAAGACCGAAGCCCUCACCCGCGAGAAGGUCCAUUUCUCCAUCUCCAAGUGGGCCGACGGCAAGCCCCAGCAACCCACUGACCGCUCGGACACCCCAGAAGACUGAGUUAUGGAGGAGGCAAAGCUUUUAUUUGGUUGAAGCUUUCUUCUGUUUUAGUAUUUUGAUGCUCAAACCUUUCGGGUAUGGAAUGGAUUGGUCUUUCAUGUUAUUGCUCUUGUAAUAAUGCAAAUGGCAUCUGCCACCUAGUCCAAGUUUUUACCUUUGCUUGCUAUUUUGGAACAAAUGUGGAUGGAAAUUCAAUAUUUUAGCAUCUCAGAAUCUGAAGUCAAUCAUACAGAUAAUCACCUUUUUUUUUGUUAA